GUGGGCGGGGCCUCCAACGGCCGUUCCCUGAGGCGCCUGGGCCCCGGUCCGCAGAGCCACGGCGGAGGGGCCGGGAUGGCAUCGCCCCCGCCGCCGCCGCCUGCUGCUCCGCCUAGUCCUCCUACUCCGGGCGGUGGCGGGGCGGGGGCCGGAGCAGGACCGCAAGAGGAAGAGGAGCACGAAGUGGUUCGAGUGCGGGUUAAGAAAUGUGAAGGCUUCCUGCAGCCCGAAUUCCGUACUUUUGCUGUGGAUCCACAGAUCACCUCGCUGGACGUGUUGCAGCACAUCCUUAUCAGGGCCUUUGACCUCAAUGGGAAGAAGAAUUUUGCCAUCAGCUAUCUGGGCCGAGAUAAGCAGGGACAAGAUAUAUACCUACCGCUGAUGUCCGACUGGGAUCUGAGCAUAGCCUUUGCUGGAGCCUCCAAGCCUUACUUACAACUCAAGAUAGACAUUAAGCCUUCGGAGGACAGCCCCCUGCUAGAAGAUUGGGACAUCAUCAGCCCCAAGGAUGUAAUCAGUACUGACCUGCUGCUGGUGGAAAAGCGGUCUCUGGCAGCAGCUGCCCUGCCUUUUACUCAGUCCAUCAUCUCUCAGGUGGGCAGGACACUGUCCAAGGUCCAACAAGCUCUCAGCUGGUCCUAUGGUGAGGAUGUGAAGCCUUUCAAGCCCCCACUGAGUGAUUCAGAAUUCCACACCUUUCUGAACCAUGAAGGGCAGCUGACUAGGCCUGCAGAACUACGUCUCCGGAUCUUCCAUGGGGGCGUGGAGCCUUCACUUCGUAAGGUGGUGUGGCGAUACUUGCUCAAUGUCUACCCUGAUGGUUUGACUGGUCAAGAGCGCAUGGAUUAUAUGAAGCGGAAGACACGGGAGUAUGAGCAGCUGAAGGGGGAGUGGGAAGCCCGGGCCAGCCCUGAGGACCUAGAUUUCAUACGUAGCAAUGUGCUGAAGGAUGUCCUGCGCACAGAUCGCACCCAUCCCUAUUAUGCCGGUUCCGAUGAUAAUCCCCACCUGACAGCCCUGCAUGACCUGCUAACCACCUAUGCUGUGACACACCCACAGAUCUCCUAUUGUCAGGGCAUGAGUGACAUUGCCUCCCCCAUCCUGGCUGUCAUGGACAACGAGGCUCACACCUUCAUCUGCUUCUGUGGCAUCAUGAAGCGGCUGGAGGGCAACUUCCAAGUGGAUGGGGAAGUCAUGUCUGUCAAGUUCUCCCACCUCAAGCUUCUCCUCCGCCACUCUGACCCCGAGUUUUACUCCUACCUCCUCUCCCGUGGGGCGGAUGACCUCUUCUUCUGCUACCGCUGGCUGCUGUUGGAGCUCAAGCGGGAGUUUGCCUUUGAGGACGCCUUGCGCAUGCUGGAAAUCACCUGGAGUUCCUUUCCUCCUGAUCCCCCUGAGAAGGAAGUGGAGCUGCUGGGCCUGCCAGCCAGGCCUGGAGACAGCACCCAACCUGUCCGAAGGAGACACAUGUUACGUCCCACCUGCAGCUUUGAGGCGGCUGGGGAUCGUCCCUGCGCAGAGCCAGUUCCUGAGGAGAAGACAUUAGUGAAGCAGUCCAGCUUUGGGGAAUUCAAAUAUUACAGCACUCGGAACGAGGACAGCUCAGAGGAUGACACCUCGCCCAGGUCUCAGCGCUCAGUGGAUGAGGAUGAGGACUGCGGCACUGAGCAUGACCCCUUGAUCCAGACAAUGAAUGUGGCCAAAUCCUUCUCUGCUCCAUCUCUUCGGGCUGUGACACCCCCCUCUCGAGACUUGGCCUCCUCCUCAACCAUUGGCAAUGAAGAAGGCCAGUCAGGGGAGAAGAAGGGAGAUUCCGUGGUUCAUACCCCUUUGUCUCCCUCCCGUGUACCAGUUGCCCCUGGGGCCCCAACUUCUCCGGCUGCAGUCAGCCUUCCACCCCCCCAGGAGUUUGGCAAGGGCAACCCCUUUGUACUCUUCCUGUGCCUUGCCAUCCUCCUGGAGCACCGAGACCAUAUCAUCAAGAACAACAUGGACUACAAUGAGUUGGCCAUGCAUUUUGAUCGCUUAGUCCGUCGGCACAACCUGAACAAGAUCCUUCACCGCGCUAAGGCCCUCUUUGCCAAUUACCUGCAGUCUGAAGUCUGGGACUCUGAGGAGGGUGAUGAGGCAGCAGCUGAAUCUCCGGCCACAUCAUGACUCUCCUUUCCAUUUCUUUUGAUGCGUGGGGACCGGUUCCCUGCUGCCACUGUGGUGAAAGCAUUGACAUGGAAGGGUGAUUGGCUGAUAAAUGACUGAGUUUGGUCUGCAUUGGUCUAAUGCACACAAUAUACCAUUUGUGUCCAAUGUACUCUGUUUUUAAACUAUCUCUGUGCAAAUACCUUGGCACAGAUGUCCCAUCUGUUUUCUGUGCCUCCUAACCUUCCAAGUGCUGAUGAUCUUCCUGGGAAGAUCUGUCUUGGAGAAGCCAGGUUCUGCCCUUUGGUAGUCUCCUCUCCUAUGCAUUUCUCUCUCUGUCUAUCCAUCUGCUUUACGUUGAGAGUACUCCUAGAAGAGCCUUCACUGACCAGUGCUUUUCAGCAGUGUUGGACUUAGCUGCCAUCCUAGGGAUGAUGGGAAUUGUUUUCAACACAUCUGGAGGGCUCCUGGUUGAGGAAUGCUGCCAUAAGAUGUUGGUUGCUAAGUAACCAAGAUUGAAGCUUGACCCAUUGGGAACCUGGAGUCUUUUGUUCUAGGUGGGUUUGCUGAAGGCAUUUUUUAAUCCUGAAUCUUGACGCAACUUAAUUUCCUGCAUAGAGUGACAUUUUGGGCUUGGCAGGAGCCAAGUGCUUUAUGCCCUUUCUCAAAAAGUUGCCUUUUAUGCUGAGUUAUUCAAGUGUUAUGACCUAAGUUUUUUAAAAGCACUUUAUUUUCUGUAUUUAUUGGUGUUGUUUUUUUAUACUUUGCCUUUCUGUUUCUGCCUCAAGUCAUUUUUAAAGAAUUUGGUUGAAGCUUUGUGGAGAAAAUCACUGGGUGUCUUUAAAAGCUAUUUGGCUACAUCCCAAUGACUAGAUAUUAAGCCAAGUAGUUCUUCUGUUAAAUUGGGCCAUGUUGGGAUCAUUUACAAAUGAACUACUCAAGAGGGUUGGUGAGGAGUAUUGUUGCCUUAGUGCCCUUGUAGAUCAGCGUCUGGGUAACUAAACUGUUUGUGUUGGAUUCCUUCUAAUUGAUUAUCCUUCUCUCAGCUUAGAUGCGCCUUUAAAAAAAAUCCUACUGAAGAGCCAUUCCCUGGCCAAGAGAAUGCCCUUCCUUUGGUGGGCCUCCUUCUUCAGAUGCAGAUCCUUGAUCUGCUUGCCAUGUCCUAACAAUGGCUUCCCUAUGAAUUAUUAGUUUACAGGGCAAGAUCAUGUUGGAGAGUGUAGCAAGAAUUUUUAUGUAGGCAGAGGGAAUACAAGUCCUGUCCAGAGUUAUAAUCUGAUGUCUAGUAGUUGCAUAUGAAGAUAAUGUGUGAAGGCAACCAAUUGACAAAAGGGGAGGGGAAAUCAUUUUAAUAUCUUGAAUCUCCAUUUUGUCUGUUUCUGAAUUAUAUUGGGAGGCAAGCCAUGUGUUGACCCACUAUUGAAUGAAGCAGCUUGAUGGCUGAAGUAGGUAGCUGUCCAUUUUUGCUGUGGGGCAAAGGCUAUGAGAGGCACUGCACAGGAGCAGAAAAUAAAAAUGUGGGGAAUUCUGCUAAAAAAUGAAGUAAGCAGUUUAACUGCUACUUUUUGUAUUAGAAAUUGCACUCCUCAGGUAGCUUGUUAUUCUUAUUCUAGAAGCUAUAUCAGCAAAGCAGAAAACAGGAAUUUCCUGACAUUGCCUGGCCAUCACUAUUCUGAUUGGUAACAUCAUAUCUUUGUUUGAAUUCCACUGUUGGGGUUUGGGCCCCAUUUAAAAUUAAGCGUUUCCUAGAUUCAGUGGCAGGCAGUUUUGAGAUAUGGGAAAAGGUGUUCUCUUCUCCCCAGUUUCAUUUAGAAAGUGCCAGUCAUGUUCAUUCUGCCUCUUCCUUUCCUCAGGCCUUUGCUCAUAGUUGGCACUUUGCUCAUAGUUGGCAUAAAAUCCAACUAUGGAAGAAAAAAAGCUUAGAAAAGUAUAUGCUUUCAAGUGUUUGAGUUUCAGCUGCCCAGUCGCAUCUUUUCCAGUAGACCGUGUUUCCCAAACUCCAGUCUUCCAGAUAUUUUGGACCUCAGCUCCCAGAAUCGUUGGCCAAGAAAGACAAGAGUUUGGAAAUCACUACACUAAACCUAUGUUUUUGUUGACAUUGCUUUGUAUUAUUAUUCUCUUCUGAUCAGAGGGACUUCAUUGGAAGCUUCCUAUCAGAAGCAUAAUCUUGUGAGAACAGCUUCCUGUGUUGAGAUGCUCUUGUCUGAAAAUGUACAUCUCAGGGAGACACCAGCCUCAGUCUGUGUAAGAGGGGUCAAAACACAAAGAGUUAGAAACACCUUUGGAAUAAAAGUGUUCUUCCAGUAGCCAUCUAUGAUGAAUUUGAAGGAACAGGCAACUGUAGAUUGUGUAAAAUGAAAUGAGAAAUGGCCACCAGAAGGAGCUCUAGCUUAGCUUAUACUGAACUUGGUAGUAAGAGCACAAGAGGUUUGUAGGAUCCUCUGCUCUUUUUCUCUGACUGAUGGUGGGAGAAUUGGGACUCAUUCUGACAAAGAGAUAUAGAUAUAAAGCCAAGGGUGAGGAAUAGCUGUUUCUUUAGGGGUAGUUUAUUCAUACUGGUAGGGUUGUCGUCAUGUGGCCUGCAAAUGACAGUUAUUGUUUAAGAGUUCUGAAGCUAGCAGGUGUUUCUACCAAAGAGGCAUGUUGCUGAAAAAAAUGCUUUGUGAAUAGGUGUCUUGUACAGAGUGGGCAGCAGUGGCUCAUGUCUUCCAGAGUAUCAUGGACUUGGUCACAUUAGCUAAUUAUUGGGGAAAUUUUGGCUUUCUACAACAGCUGUAAACCCUUACAAUUUGCCAUGGUGCUUGGAGAUUCUUAGUGAUGUUGGCUAGAACAUUUAUGGGACCAAUAGUCCCUCCCCUCAUCCCUGUUUUGCUUAAUUAACUUCUUGACAUAAGAUGAGGCAAUAAUAGGAAAGGAUCCGGGUCUCAUGACUGAUUAUUCCUAUGGAGAAUUUUCGCCACUAUCUCCUCAUAUUUGUAUCCCAAAAUGAGCUAAUUCCAUUUUGCAGUAUAUUUUGUUCUGCUUUCCCCUUAAGCUUUCUUAUGUUGAAGCUACUUACCCCUGUCAAAGAGGCUAAACAAAGGUAUGCUUGUACAUUGGUUUUAGCAGUGCUACGACUUCAAACAUUCUCAAAUCCUUAAUUGCAUUAAUCUGUAUUGUUUGGAAUUACAACCUUUGUUUGUAUAGCAUUGGGCAAAGUGGUUUUCUUCAUCUAGGAGAGAAUGUUUCCCAAAGGCAGAGGCUCUCAUGCCCAAUUUUUGGCCUCCAGAAGAACCCUGUGUUGUGCUUGACUCCAAAAUGUAGAACUAAAAUAUGAAUUUACCUCUUUUUCCAAAAAUGUCCACUUCCAUUUUUUUCUGGUUUUGGAACAUGGAAUUGGGUGGGGGUCCUCUGAUAGUGAAAUUGACAAAACCCACCACUCCCAGAAGCCCUUCCGGAGAGAAAAGAUGCACUUGGGCGACCCUGAUGUAGUCCACAAAGAUUAUAAAUCCUCCCUGAGAAUCAUCAUGCUUCAGCCUUAGAUCACAUUGGCAUAGUAUUGACAUCCAUAUGAUGUAUGUAACACAAGCCCGUAAUAGUGAAGAAAUUCAUGGUCUGCAUUCAAGAAAACAGAGGAGAAGAACUUGGAUGGACAAAUCUUUUAAACCUACAACUCUGAAUCCCACAAUGUUGGAUGGGGCAUUUUAGGAGUUGUAUUUUUAAAAGGUGGAUUUUCCCAAGUUUGGGAUACAAACAACUUAUGGUAACUUGGAAUGACCCAAGCGAAAAAGAGAUGGUAACUGAUGGUGGAAUUUAAAUCAGUUUAGUACCCCUUUUAUGUCUAUCCUUGGGGACAGAAGACAAACCUAGGGCUCAGUGCUCUCAGCACUUGCAAGGGCCAAGCUAGGUAAGUGGAUGAACUAUUUCAGCAGAUCUGAGUAAUUAGCCUUUUGUGACCCACUGAUACUUGGCAGGUUUGAUGUAUUACUAGCUAUAUAGAUUGCAUACAGGUGUUGAUCUAUGUA